AAUAAGUUAUCAACAAUUCAUAAGAAACAAUAUUUUAUAAAAUAUUCUAAAUUUUCUCAGAACAUGUUCUGAAGUAUACGUGCAGGAAACUGAAUUUUUCGUCACAUCAGUGCAGCAGUAGCAGAUGGUCUUUGAAACAGUUACAAUGUCAGGCCUUCUGCACGGCAUUUGUCAUCAUUAGAGCCACUGACGUCUGCUCACUGCACACACUCGACUGUGGUUUGCUUUGCAGCACCCCCUCUGUGUGUGACAGGCUGCGACAUUCAGUCCAUGUAAGGAGAGUACACUCGCUGUCGCUAUGGAAACAAGUAAACCGUGCACAGGGAAAUGAGAAGAAGAAGAAGAAGAAGAAGAGUUGGGUGUACAGACACAAAGGCCAUAAGGAGUUUGCAUGUAGAGCUACAGUGUGUUUAGGAGCUGGAUUUAUUUCCUCCUGCCAGAAGAGGAAAACUGAUGAUGCCACUUGCACCGAGGUCACCUGCAAGCUGUGCUAAGAUGCAGACCACACUGAGUGCUUGGACUCCUCUGAACCACCCACUGUCCAACAGCAAGGUGUUUGAGGAGAGGCGGAUCCUUCUGGCAAAGUGGUUUGACAGGUGGACCGACAGCCAGAGGAGGACGGUGCUGCAGGACUUGGUGCUGAGCUGCUCGUCCCAGCAGCUGAUGUUCCUGAGCUGCGGCGUGAGCAGACGGCUCCCCCUGCAGGCCGCAGACUUCACCUGCCUGCUGCCCAGAGCCCUCUGCCUUUACCUCUUCUCCUUCCUGGAUCCACGCAGCCUCUGUCGAUGUGCACAGGUGAGCUGGCACUGGAAGAGCAUAGUGGAACUGGACCAGCUGUGGAUGCCAAAAUGUCUGAGGUUUGGCUGGUGCAUCAGCUCGUCCCCAACACCCUUUGAGCAGGGCAUCUGGAAGAGACACUACAUCCAGACUGUGCAGGAGCUGCGACUCACCUCGGUGCAGGUCUGGAGGUCACAUCCAUCCGCCUCGUCCCAGCAGCAGCUCGUGGUUCCAAAUGCAUCAGCCAUCAGCAGCAGACAUGAAGAUGUGUCAGAAGUGGCCUUCGGGGAGCGUCGUCCAGCAUCCAGCACCCUGCCACUUGGAAUAAUCUCCAGGAAGAAGCAGCAGACUGCACCGCAACCAUGGAGAGCUUCAGACAGAAGUCCUAAAGACACGUUACGCUUCAACUACUUGGACAACCUGGAGCCCACUGAAGAGGCCCUAAAAGGGAAGAUGAAGAUCCGAGCCUCCACCUGCUGCAGUGACUCGUGGAAACCAGACGACGGCAGCGGGAAAACGCUGUCUGAGGCGCGUUACAAGCUGCGCAAAGCCAAAUCGCUGAUGCUCCUCAGCUCUAACUGCAGACCCCAACGUCAUCCUCCUCCUGCUGCUCAUCAUCACCAAGAGGCACAAAUUCAUGACCACCACGUCACCAUGGAGACUGCUAACAGCGUGCUGCGCGUGGCCAAGUGGAACGCCGGGGUCCGUCCGGGGCCGGUGAAGUCGCCGGUUCCCCAGCUGAGUGUGGAAGCGCUCAGGGCGUCCCGGCGCUCACACCGGAGCGCUCCCAGUACACCACUGUUUGACACCUGGACUGUGCCUGCUUCACAUGGGUGAGAUGUGGAGUGAAGCACAUGGCCCACAUGAGGAAGCCAGCAGAACCCUUUAUACUGUAUUUUGCAUGUUAUUGUGCAGACAUGGCAACGGAUUGAGAUAAGAAGAAGAAACAACAAUCAUGAUGAAAAUUUUAGACAUAAAAAGUCCCAGGAAGGAUAAAAUGACCACAGAAAUAUAUUUUCUUAGGAGACAGUAUUUUGCAUGUUCUAUUAGUAUGAGUGCAUAUUUAAUAUUUUAGUCGUUCUGGUCAAUAAAGAUAUCCAACAUUUAAAAAUAAUAGUG